GCACUCAUCGCCGAGCUGCAGCCCGCCGAGGAGUCGGAGCUGCAGCCCGGACCGCAAAAGGACCGGCUGGCACCGACGUCGCGGUCGCGCGCAUCGAUGCCGCCGUCGCCGCGCGUGCCCUCGCCCCUGUCACCGCGCGUGCGGACGUCGUCGCUCGAGGAGGUCCUGUCAGACGGGCGGUCGUCGCCGGAACUCCAAGCCGGGGCCGCAUCGUCGCUGCGGGCCGGAGCCGCAUCGCCCCUCGCCGGGUCGCCGCGGCCGCUCGCGGGCUUCCGUGCGCCGACCAUCGCCAGCGAGGCGCGCUCGCAGGCCCGGCGGGUGAGCGCCGCAAACGGCGAUGCCCCGCAAGGCUCGCCCAGCGGCGCGUCGGGCAAAGUCAUCCAGCAGCUCACUGCCGAGCUUGCCACCACAAGAGAAACGCUCGACGCCACGCGCGUGACGCUGCGCACGGCGCAGCGCAGCGCGACGGCCGGGCAGCGCACGCUCGACGACACCAAGGCCGCGCUCAUCCGCUCGCGCGCGGAAAACGAGCACGCGGCGACGAUGCUCGCGCGCAAGGACCGCACCGUCGCCGACGCCCUCGAGCGCGCGCGCAAGGCCGAGGCCGAGGCCAAGGAGCUCGGGCGUGCGAGCCGCGAGUGGGGCGCGCGCGUGCGCGAGGUCGAGGCGGAGCUCGGCGAGGAGCGGCGGCGCAAGCAAAAGGCCGAGGCCGGCUACGAGGCCAUUUCGGCGGCGUGGAAGACGACGCGCGACGCGUGGCGCACCGAGAUCGCCGCCGCCAAGGGCGAGGUGGCGGCCAAGAUCGCCGAGGGCCGCGCCGAGGUCGACGCGAUGCGCGCGCUCUUCGACCAGGCCAAGCACGAGUGGCGCAGCCGCGAGACGGAGCAGGCGAGCCUCGACGAGACGCUCGCGCGCCUGCAGGCCGAGCGCACCAAGGCCGAGGAGGUCGUCGGCACACAGGUGCGCGAGCUCGUCGAGCGCCUCGUCGCGCACGAGGCCGAGACGCGCGGGCAGGAGGAGACGCUGCGGCAGUGCGAGCAGGACGUGCAGCGCAUGAUUCGCCUGGCGCGGCAGGGCGACGUCGCCGCCGACGUCGCGUAGAGUGCGCUACAGCGGCGACCGCCUGGACUUCCCCUUUCCCUUCACGACAUGCCCCUUCAUAUGCCACCAGUCACCCCAUACCCAUCAUCAUCUCACUUUGAGAUUCGCGCGCAGUGUGUGACGAUGCCGAUACGCCGCCGCUCAGCGGCGGAUGCC